AUGACUUUGCGUUUCAAAUACAUAGACUUAGACUUGUGUGAACGCCUGUUCUGUUGUUUCCGUAGUUCCGACGUCGACGACAACGACAAUUCACAGAUCCGUUAUGAAUCCUAUUCGGAACGUGGCGGUGGUGGGGGACCCGUAGACUUAGAGACUCGUAGACGAUUACAAGUAGAAGCUAUCGAACGCCGAUUAGCUGAAAGUGAAUCACGUGGGAUUGGAGAUCUUGCAAAAGUUAGAAAAAAACAAGAACGUAUUGAAGAGUUAGAAAAGAAACAGUAUAGUGAUAAACCAUCAGAUAAUACAUUACGAUGGAAUGUCAGUUAG